GUAGCGAUAAGCCUUCUGACAGCUGAGAGGACGGUUAGCACUUAGCAUUCGAGCUAACGUGAUUUAAACCUUCAAAUCCCUUUAUAUUUUAAGGUUAUUUCAUAUUUUAAUUUGACAACACCAAAGAACAGACAUGAUUAAAUCCAUUUUGAUAUUUAACAACCACGGGAAGCCGCGGCUGAUCAGGUUUUAUCAGUAUUUUGCGGAGGACAUGCAGCAGCAGAUCAUCAGAGAGACUUUCCAUCUGGUUUCUAAAAGAGACGACAACGUCUGCAACUUCUUGGAGGGAGGAAGUCUCAUUGGCGGCUCCGACUACAAGCUGAUCUACCGACACUACGCCACGCUCUACUUUGUGUUCUGCGUGGACUCGUCUGAGAGUGAGCUCGGCAUCCUGGACCUGAUCCAGGUGUUUGUGGAAACGCUGGAUAAAUGCUUUGAAAACGUCUGUGAACUGGACCUGAUUUUCCACAUGGACAAGGUGCAUUACAUCCUGCAGGAGGUGGUGAUGGGAGGAAUGGUUCUGGAGACCAACAUGAACGACAUCGUAGCUCAGGUGGAGCUGCAGAACCGCAUGGAGAAGUCAGAGGGAGGGUUAUCGGCGGCCCCCGCUCGCGCCGUCUCUGCCGUGAAGAACAUGAAUCUGCCCGAAAUGCCCCGAAACAUCAACAUCGGAGACAUCAACAUCAAAGUGCCGAGCCUCUCCCCGUUCUGAGAGGACUUCCUGCCGGGCUCUGAUGCUCCUCCGCCCAUUUCUGCUGUAAACACUAAGAGAAAACCUGUUUUAUAUAUUCGUGUAUUAUAAAAACCAGGGCAGCUUAAUCCUGUCCCGCUCGUUCCUCACGCAGAGUUCGUUUGUAUGAAACAAAUGACUCCUGUUGAAGGAUUUGCACAAUAAUGUAAAGUUUGAUUCUUUAAAGCGUCAUUAAUGUUCAUAUUUAUGUAUUUGUUGGUAACACUUUAGAUUAAGGUAUUCACCAUCAACUAGUUAUCAUAUUAGAGCCACACUUCUAGCUUAUUAAUGAACAUAUUAAGUUAUUUUGACACAAUUAACACUUGUAGUUUCAUGUCUUGUUACAUGUUCUUGUUGAAUAGAUCAUAUUUGUUAGGUGUUAUUAAGGGAGAAUUACUAUUCUUGUGGUACUACUGCCUUAUUAGGCCCAUAUUGAGCAUAUUAAAACCCAAUCUCAUGUACAUCAACGUCCUUACUUGCAAUAAAUAAGCACUAUUUAGAGGGUUAUUGAGGAAAAACUCUCAACUAAUGGCUUAUUACUUGUAGAAUACGGUCACUAAGUGUUUUAUAAUGGCUAAUAAAGAGCCAAUGUACUGCUAAUAUGCAUGUUAAUUAACAACUAGUUGAUGGUUAAUUUGUGUACCUUAAUAUAAAGUGUUACCAUGUAUUUCUUUCUGUUGUUUCUCCUCCUCUCUGCACAAUCUCAAACAUGCAUCAGCGUCCAAGGUUUCAAAACUUGUUUGGACUCGGCACAGUUCCCUGUAAUCCAAUCUUUUGGCUUUUGUAUCAGGUUAUUAUUUCUCACAUACAGUAGACACAAUUAAUCUUCCCCUUGCUGUAAUAUAUACGGCGUCUCAGACUUCUCUGUGCUUUGUGAAUGUGUUAUUAAUCUCCCGGGUGCAGGCUGUGCUCAGAAAAUGCAUUUUAAGUUGAAGCCAGGUUCAAUGUGCCGCGAUAAGAUCUGUCCAACAUCUGUUACGUGUUUGUAUAAAGUGUCUUAUUGUUGGUAUUUAGUGGUUGAAACUAGCCAUUGUAAAGACAUUCCUUGCUACAGUAAAAUAUUAAAAUGAAAACUAAAUCCAUG